UGCAGCUAGUGAUCGAGAGAGAAAAAUUCAUAGUAUAAGAAUGGUGAUGGCGGGGAGAGUUGUGGUGAGGUUGAGUUGGGGACUGAGCUGGCUGUUGGUGGUUUUGCUGGGGAGUUGCGGUGGUGGUGGUGGUGUGGUUGAGGGCAGGAAGUUGUUGAUGGUGAAAGGAGAGGAUGGUUAUAAUUAUAAGGAGCCUGAUUGUGUUGGCAAAGGUGGUGGUGAAGGACACCACCUGAAAAAGAAGAAGAAGAAGGAGCAUCCUAUUUUUAAGGGCCAUCACGGUGGCGGCGGCCAUGGGUUUGGCAAAGGAAUUGGCGGUGGUGGCCACCACGGAGGAGGAGUUGGUGGAGGCAUAGGCGGCGGCGGUGGCGGCGGUGUUGGUGGAGGAGUAGGAGCCGGUGGAGGCGUAGGCGGAGGCGGUGGCGCCGGUGGAGGGAUAGGCGGAGGUGGUGGUGGGAUAGGCAGCGGCGGCGGUGCUGGUGGGGGCAUAGGCGGUGGCGGUGGAGCUGGUGGCGGUGUAGGCGGCUUGGGUGGCGGUGGUGGGGGAGGGAUUGGCGGUGGCGGCGGGGCUGGGGGAGGGUUUGGGGGA